AUGUCCAUGUCCGACUCCCAUGAGAGUCCCAACCUCGAGGAUCUUACUCCUGAGGAGGCCAACCGCAUCAUCCAUUCCCACCGCAAGGUCCGAUAUGGUACCGCCUGCUGGCCCUGCAGACAGAGAAAAGUAAAGUGUGACAACAAGAGUCCAUGUGAAAACUGCGUCAAGCGGGAACACCCACAGCUCUGUUCCUACAAGCCAAACAAGUCAGCAACCGGAAAACCAUCAUCGGUUUCGACUGAUCUCUCUCACACCAAGAAGAGACCGCACUCACCAGACGCUCAAGAAGGACGGAGCUUGAGCCAUGAGGCCCGUGAAUCAAUAAGAACAUACGAGCCCGAAGCCGUGGAGAUCACCCGUUAUGUUGGCCAGAAUAGCAUCCCAGCACUUCUAAGGGAACAAACCGCCGCAACCGAUGAACCACAAGACGUAAACUACAUACGCCAAGACAUGCGUUCCCUACUGGGGCUCGAUAACUCGGCCCCUUUUCCGCUCAUGUCCUCCCGACAUCUGGACAGGCUGACGUCCGACAUAUCAUCCGAACUGCCAUCCGACCGGGAGGUCAUGAAGCUUUUUCGAACCUACAAGGAAAUACCCCAGCCAUUCUGGGGCUUCGUUAUCGAUAUCGACGACGUCGAGUCCCGGUUGAUGAUCUAUCUCGAAGAUAGAGCAAAGAACGCCAGGGCUGCGACCAAGACUACGAAACCUGUCUCUGCAUCAUGGCUUGCCAUUCUUUUCGCCGUCCUUGCAGUCGGCUCCCAGUACCACGAGACCCCAUACCAUAUCCGAACGAGAGAUGCGCAAAAGUACAUCCAGAUCUCUUUCCAUUUUCUUAGGCUUGGUAACUUUUUGUUGAGGCCAAACCUUGACUCAAUACAAGCCAUGAUGAUGACAAGCUUCGUAUUACUCAACGACAUGAAAGCAGAAGCUUCCUGGGCUUUGCUUGGACUUACAUGUCGAUUGGCGCAGUCCCUUGGCCUCCACCGUCCACAGGUUCUUGACGGCCGUCAGUCAGCCGAGAUUGUGAAGAAGGAAAUGUCGAGGAGGAGACUCUGGUGGACUUGCCUCUGGCACGACACGCUCACUUCACUAUCCUUUGACCGAUCACCAAUGACCAACAUUGCCUGUUGUCCCAUUCCUCUUUCACCGACCGCCGAAACAGAAGGCUGGUCUUACCUCGAGGCCAUGUAUCAUCUCUGCCAAAUCAUCUCGCAGCGCCUCAAUCCCGACGCCGCAGCCACGGCCAUCUACACGCAAAUCCUCACCAACUGCGCCGACGUGGAAAGCAUACGAGACAAGCUCAUUGUACAACUCCGCACAAAAGACGCCUGCAAAUCCGCCAUGGACCGCCUCCAACACUACGCCAUCAGACUGCACACCUCCUUCAUUGUCUCUGUGUGUUGUCGGCCCGCCCUUCAGCGCGAAAAUAGUCGACUUGAAAAAUCCCAAAAGAAAUACCUGGCCGACAAAUGCAAGGAGAACCUGACAGAAACAGUCCGCAUGUUCCUCGCCAUGCAUCAGCUCUCGGUAAUUCCCACGCGCUCCUGGGCGUUUACUUACCACGGCCUGUCAUCAGCCGUCCUGCUCGGCAUCUUGGGGGAAACCAAAGCCGACCCGGAAGUUCGCCAGCUCCAGGGUGAUUUGAUCUCGGCCCUGUCCGCCACGGCAGCUAAGGAACAAACCUCGCCGCAACCGCAUAUCCCGAGGUCCGAUCACGAUAUCGAGCUCUCCGGCCCGUUGAGCCGCGCGUUGACUGCCCUCAAAAACAUCUACGACCAUGGAUCAGUCGUCGGACCGACGGGGAUUAAGCGCGAGGGAAGCAUUUCCGGCCCUGGCUCGGGGACGAGGACGCCGUUGUCGUUGCAGAUUAACCAGCUUGCGGGGCUCCCUCCUAAUGGGUAUCCGCUGUAUGGUUUGGGACAAGUGCAGGACCAACAGGGAAGAGGAGGAGCAGGAGGACCAGGGAUGCAACAGCAGCAGAUGGGAGGAGCGACAGGUGGUCAACAACAACAACCGUUGGAUCCGCAUCAGAGUGCUGCGUUGGCUAUGGCGGAGAUGCAGCAGCAGAAUCAGAACGGGGGACAGGGACAGCAGCAGAUGGGUGCGGCGGGGGAGUAUCAAGGGGUACCAUAUAACAUGCCACCUCUCCAACAACCACCCGGUGCCGCUGCCACCCCAAGUCAGGGUGGUGUAGGUGGAAUGCCGCCGCAGAAUAUGUCGCAGUUUGAUCCGGCUACUUAUAUGUCGCCGAUGGAUCUAUAUGAUUCCAUAUUCUGGGAAUCCCCCGACCCCUUCAACACCGGCGUAGACACAAUGAAUUUCGACUUCCUAGCCCAUCCACCACCUGGCCAGCCACCUCAGCAGCAGUUUUAUUUUUGA